AUGGAACAUCAAAUCCAGGAGAAUUCUCUUGUCGCUCAUCAUCUCAUCAAAGUACCUGUUUCUGAAGAUGAAUUUGCUGAGAUGGGAAGAAGAAUCCAAAUACUCACAAGAUGGUUAAUGCAGAUCGAUGUGAAGGGUAAUCCAACCGCAACUAAGGCAUUUUUCGAGUACGAAGCACUAGUAGAGAAGACCAUCACCUCUCUUUUCCCUUUCAUACAAAAAGGAAAUGAAUUGCCGAACAAGAAUCCCGCUUCACUCGCCAACCUCAGGAAAUCAUUUGUGCCCGGCUCCCGUGGGAUCGUUAUACCUACAGGCACAAAAACAUUCCGCUAUACAUGCCAUCUUAUCCUUAACCUCCGUUCCGUUCUCAAAUCAACAUUACCUAUACAAAUAGUAUAUGCCGGAAAUUUGGAUCUUCCACCGCAAUAUCGCUCCGCUCUUCUAUCUCUGUUCGAGACUCACAAUAUCGGGGCAAUCGAAUUCUUGGAUUUAACGAAGAUCUUGGAUGAUAUGACACUGCAAUUAUCAGAUGGGUUGAGUAAAUGGGCUGUCAAACCGUUUGCACUCCUAGCAUCAACCUUUGAACAGGUGAUUCUAGUCGACUCUGAUGCUAUUUUUCUACAGCCGCCAGAAAUCAUUUUGGAUGCGCAUGCUGCCUAUGCGGAAACAGGGACUUUAUUCUUCCAUGAUAGACUGAUUGGCAAAAGUUUAUAUAGAUAUCGUCAUGAAUUCUGGCGAUGGCAAAUGAAAGAUCACACCCCCAGCAGUACAUUUCGCAAAUCCCGAGUGAUGAAUGAAAAUUUUGGACAAGAACAGGAUUCUGGCGUGGUGGUAUUAGACAAAAGGAGAUUGGGAGUUCUUAUGGGAUUAUUGCAUGCGUAUGAGAAGGGGGAGUUGCUAUGGUUUAAUGGGGGCUUGGUGAGGAAGAAGAGUGAUGAUGAGGGGAAGAGGACCUUUAUGGAUGUGGAGGGAGAUAUGAGGUGGGCGUCGGAUGGUAAUUGGAGGUGGAACAAAUGGGGGAAUGCAUGGGAUGCGGCGUGUAUGGAGGGCGGUGUGAUUGGGAAUUUAAGUGAAGGAGUCAAGGAGAUCAUCACAGGGAGUGUAGAGGUAGCGAAGGGAGCAGAUGAUAGAUUUGCGGAGUUGAUGGGGCUGCUGGAACCGGAUGUGCUACAUAAAGAAGGAAAACAUGAGACAUCCGUUGGUGGAGUUGAAAGAGCAGAUGACUGGAGUGUUUAA